UCUCAUUCUUUAUUGUUUUCUUUUUAUCGUUUUUCUUCUUCUUUUUUUUAAUUUAUUUUUUACCUUGUGUUGUUUUAACUGACUGAAGUCGUGUCAAACGUGAGGAUGAAGAUGCCAGAGGGUGAGGGAGUGAGGGAGUGAGAGGGUGAGGGUUCCCCUCUGUAGGGUGUGAGGCCUUCAAGUACAAAGAAAUGGAGUGAAUCAUCUUUCCUACUGGUCUGUGGCCCACAUCUGUCAGUGUCACGAAAACACACACCUGUGUUUGCGUGUGUGUGUCUGUGUGUGUGACUAAUGGCUGAGGGAUUCCUCACUUUCAGGUGUUUUCCACCUAAACUGCAGUGAGUGGGAAAAACAAUCAUCUCUGAUCGGUUUCAGUGUCAGUGAAACCAUGGGUGAGAGCAGAGCGAACACCGCGCGGCUGCAGUGGAGCUCCGAGCGACCAAUCAGAGGUGAGGGAGGGGCAACGGCUUUUAAAGAAGUUGCUGUUCGAUAAAUAGUCAACGUUACUUCUCUGAGGACGGACGACAGAAGGUCGGAGGUCGGAGGACUGAAGGUCCUUCAUCAGAACGACAGAAGGAUAUUUCACUGCUUCAAACAUGGCGACUUUUCUUCUCUCUGUCUUUAUGGUCUGCUCGUUGUCGACGUCGGUCAGAGGAGCCGAGCGCGUGGUUUACGCUCGUGAAGGAGACACCGUUGUUCUUCAACCUGGGGUAGAACCUGGGGGAAAACCAAAGUACGUGAGCUGGAUGUUUCAUUCUAAUCCCAAAGCAAUCGCCUGGUGGAAUCACCUGGGGGGGCAGAAUUUCGAACCAGAACAGCCCUGGAAAGACAAACUGUCGCUGUCCGACGGAGCACUGAUCAUCAACAAAAUCGGACAAGAAAACUUUGGGACAUUUAAAUGUUCGGUUACGUCAGGCGGUCAGAACCCCGAGACAACCAUCAGUCUGCGCAAACUCACAAAUACUCAGAUCCCAGCCUCUUCUCUGCUGCCUGGAGAACUCCUGACUCUGACCUGUAAGGUCGAAGAUCAGAGAACCCCUGAGAUUCACUGGUUGAAUCCAAGAGGACAGAAGGAGACCGCAGGACAGACGGAAGGAACCGUCACCAGGAGGGUCACAGUCCAGGACUCGGGAGCGUGGACCUGUGUCGUAGCUCAACAGAAGUCGGCCCAGAUAUCAGUCCACGUCGUUGACCUGGGUCCAGUUCUGUCCCACCCCGUGUACACGUCCACAUCCACGCCGGUCUCCAUCCCCUGUUCCGUUCCUCCCGUCACCUGGAAGUGGUUUCAAACCAAGGGCCUCCAGGAGGUCUCCUGGGAGUUUGUUCCUCCUCCGUCCUCAGGAGUCCCAGCUCAGAGACUCUUCUUCCUCUUGGUGGAAGACUCGGUCCACUUCACUCCAGACCAUCACAGAGACCUGAGGCCGGUUCAGAACCCGGUCCAGGGAAAUUUCACUUUAACCCGACACCAGGGACGAGAGGAGGACAGAGGAGACUACAGGUGCACCGUGAAGUUCAAAGAUGGAACCGUCCUGACCAAGACCGUACACUUGGAGGUGCUACAGAUCAGCGCUUGGCCGGGAACAGUUCUUUCUGUUGACCAGCAGGUGAACUUGACCUGUGGUGUCGGCCAUCCUCUGCCCUCUGACCUUCAGGUCCGAUGGUCGGCGCUCAAACAGACCUCGUCCGUGAGGUCUCUGAACUCUAGUCACAUCAGCAUCCCAGCAGUGAGCCAAAGAGAUGGAAGGAAGUGGAGAUGUGAGCUGUGGCGCGGCCAGACCCACCUGACCUCCGCUGUGGUCACACUCAGCGUCAGUGAGCCCGGCCUGCAGGUGAACGUGCUGGUGUACGCGUGCAGCGCAGCGGCCGCCCUGAUCUUCCUCAUCAUCGUUACUUUGAUUUUCUGCCGACGUAGAAAGCGACGACAGCACAACACGAGACACCUCCGGCAUCAACUGUGUCAAUGCAAACAACCCAAACCUAAAGGAUUCUACAGGACAUGAUGUGGAUCCCAGGGAGACCUUUGGACUGUCAGUAACUGUCAGUAACUGUCAGUAACUGUCAGUACAAACAUGUUGUAAUAUUGUUGUAAAUAACAGUAACGUUCUGUUUUUUCUUUGUUUUUGUUUUUUUCUUGAUUUCACUUCCAUUUUUUUAUUUACUUUAUUUUAUUUUUUUUUACCUUUUGAUGUGACCAAAUGAUGUUGGUGAAGUGGUUUGUGCUCUUGCCUUACAGUUAGAGGAAGAGGGUUCGAUCUCCAGGGGUCAAACUGAUGGUCUUUCUGUCCAAGUUGACUUUGUGCCUUUUGUACAUGUCAGGUUUGUCUCCUCUGUCAGCUGGAGGCCACGCCUUCCUCUGCUCUUUUAUUGAGUUUAUAAAAGUAUCAGAUUACAUAUCAUGUGAUCGUGUGUGAGUAAGAAACUGGGCGUGAAUGGGGGCGUGAAUGGGGGCGUGAAUGGGCCGGGGCUGUGUCUGGUAAUUGUCCAUCAGUCGUGAGAUUGUAACAUGAGAAGCAAACGGCUUCUUAAAGUGACAGUACAGAAGAAGCAACGACAGUAAAUGAAAUCCUUCAGUGGGCGUCGUCAGCAGGAGCUGGUGUGGCCCCUCCCACUUUGGACUCGAUAUAGGUGUGUCCGACACACAGGUAGAAACUUGUACUUCGUUUGUGUUCAGCAUCUUAGUCCUGUAGUCGACUACAUCCAUAUGGAGGUCGGGUGUUUUAUUUGGUCGUCAAAUGGUGUCAAUCCUGUUUCAGCAUUUGGUGUGAUUCUCAUAUAAAGUUUGACCAUGUCUACGACUUUAGUCCCUGGUUGUUUUGUUUCUUCAGUGUUGUUGGUGUUACACUCGAGGGCGGACCAGUGUUCAAGUCCAACGACCAGUAAUAACGUGGUAAUAACGUGUCUGGUCCUUGCAUAACCAUCACAGUCAUUCCACCGUUCUCAUCGGGUUCAAACGCUAGUCGUAACUGUGAGAUUGCGUCUCUCCCUAAUAAGUUUACUGGACAAUUUGGUGCCAAAAAAAGUUGCACUCGGGCAUUUAUUUCCAUUUUCUGGAUCUGUGAGAGUUCCAGGACGAGUCUGUUCUCGUAGUCAGUCCGUUUGCUGAUUUAACAAGGAUGAAAUCUUUUGAUUCUUCACAGCACACAGUUCCACGUGCUCCCGUCGGCUCUUUGUUUUGUUGGUCCAAAGUUUUUAAACUUGGAUACAAAGGUUGUUGGGGGGAAGUGGGAACGUGUCAUACAUUCUUUUAUAUCUGUGUUAUCUAACAGUGGAGUCGCUGUAUCUGCACACUCUCCGUUCCUGUGUCUGUUUAAUGCUGAUUGUAGUUUUUUGUUCUGAGUUAUCAUUUCUGCUUUUAAUUGUUUUUGUUCCAUUCUUUCUUGCACAAGUUUUGUUGAAGCCAACAUUCAGCCGCACCCAAGCUUCUCUUCCUUUU